GGGAGGGAGAAAGGGAGGGAGGGAGUGAGCGGGCGAGCCAGCCAGCGACGCGGGCUGUCCCUGCCGCCGCCGAGAUCGGACCAGCGGCCUCCUCCCCUCCUGUCCCCUCCCCCGCGUCGCCCUGCCGCGGGGAGGGGGCUCGCGUCGCUGCCUCCAGCCGCUCCUCAUGAAGCAGCUGCCGUCGCAGCCACCUCUGAAGAUGGGGGAUUUCUACGAUCCCGAGCACCCGACCCCUGAAGAAGAAGAAAAUGAGGCAAAGAUUGAAAAUGUGCAGAAAACAAGUUUCAUCAAAGGACCAAUGUUCAAAGGUGUUGCUUCUAGUCGUUUUUUGCCCAAAGGCACGAAGACAAAAGUUAAUUUGGAGGAACAGGGACGACAAAAGGUGUCAUUCAGCUUCAGCCUUACAAAGAAAACUCUGCAGAAUAGGUUUCUCACUGCACUUGGCAAUGAAAAGCAAAAUGAUACUCCAAACUCCCCAGCUACACCUCUUCCAGUAGACUCAAACCCUAAAAUUAAAAUGGACAUUGGAGAUACUUUGCCUAAUACAGAAGAAUCUUCCCCAUCAAAAUCAAGAGUGGAAUUGGGCAGAAUCCAUUUUAAGAAACAUCUGCUUCAUGUGACAUCCAGGCCACUGCUGACUACUACAACAGCAGUAGUGUCUCCACCUCCUCCCACAGUACAGUUACCAGCAGUCAUAGCAGAAUCAACUGUAGAUUCACCACCUUCAUCUCCACCUCCACCACCACCACCACCCCAAGCUACAAUACCUUCACCACCAGCACCAAUAUCAGAGCCAGUGGCUUUGCCACACACAUCAGUAACAGUAGUAAUGACAGCACCAGUACCCUUACCAGAAGAUGUAGCAGCUAGAGCCCAGAAAGAAUCAUCAGUUAAAAUUAUACCAGAGUCCUUAGAAGUGGAUAUUAAACAGGAUACUGUAUCUAAUAGUUUGGAAGAACAUACAACCCAAAAUUUGAAGGACGGAGCAGAGAAUCCCCUGCAAAAAGAACAUUCCCAUAUUGGGAGGGAAGAAGAAAUUUCAGAUAGUUCUAAGAUAAACCUCAGCUCUAAAAAAGCAGGUUCUAAGAAGAAAUCUUCACAAUUUGAAGGUACAUUUCUUGGUUCAGAAUCUGAUGAAGAUUCUGUAAGGACUUCUUCUAGUCAAAGAUCACAUGAUUUAAAAUUUUCAGCAAGCAUUGAAAAGGAAAGAGAUUUCAAAAAGAGCUCAGCACCUUUAAAAAGUGAGGAUUUUGGGAAAUCAUCACGAUCUAAAACAGAGAGGGAUGAUAAAUACUUCAGCUACUCAAAGCUUGAAAGAGAUGCUCGAUAUGUAUCUUCUCGAUGUAGGUCUGAACGAGAACGAAGGCGGAGCAGAUCUCGUUCUAGAUCUGACAGAGGCUCUAGAACUAGUUUAUCCUAUUCUCGGUCUGAACGAUCUCAUUAUUAUGAUUCUGAUCGGCGAUAUCAUAGAAGUUCCCCCUAUCGUGAGAGGACACGCUAUUCUCGGCCCUAUACAGAUAACAGAGCUCGGGAGAGUUCAGACUCUGAAGAUGAGUAUAAGAAGACAUAUUCAAGGCGCACCUCCUCAUCUCAUUCCUCGUAUAGAGACCUAAGGACAUCUUCAUCCUAUUCUAAAUUUGAUCGGGACUGUAAAACUGAGAACUUGUAUGUAGAGAUGGAGAGAAGAGGAAGGUAUUCCUCAAAACUAGAAAGGGAAUCCAAAAGGACUUCAGAACACGAAGGAAUAAAAAGAUGUUGUUCUCCCCCUAGUGAACUGGGAUUCCGACGGGGGUCAUCAUCAUAUUCCAAGCAUGAUAAUAGUGCUUCUCGUUAUAAAUCUGCCCUUUCAAAACCUAUAUCCAAGUCUGAUAAAUUUAAAAAUUCUUUCUGUUGUGCAGAAUUAAAUGAGGAAAGCAAACAAUCUCAUUUUAGUUUGCAGACUCCUUGUUCAAAAGGUAGUGAAUUAAGAAUAAUUAGUAAAAUUCCUGAAAGAGAAAAGACUGGGUCUCCAUCUCCAUCAAAUCAAUUAAAUGAUUUGCCUACUUUCAAAAAGCUGGAUGAAUCACCUAUUCUUAAGUCUGAAUUUAUAGGACAUGAUAGCCAUGAUAGUAUUAAAGAAUUGGACUCAUUAUCAAAAGUGAAAAAUGAUGAAAUAAGAAAUCUUUGUCCCAUUGAAUUUAAUAUAAAUGGAUCUCCUGGGACAGAAUCUGAUGUGGUAACAUUUUGCACUUCCAAAACUGAUGCGAUUUUGAUGACUUCUGAUGAUAGUGUGACUGGGUCAGAGGUAUCCCCUUUGGUCAAGGCUUGUUUGCUUUCAUCAAAUGGGUUUCAGAAUAUUAGUAGAUGUAAAGAAGACUCAGAUGAUGCUUGCACGCAGCAUAGUAAGUCAAAAAGUCCAUUUAGGGAAACAGAAUCUCUGGUGUCGCCACGCCAUGAUAAACUCAUGUCUUUGCCAAUUAAGACUGUGGAUUAUUCCAAAACAGUAAUUAAAGAACCAGUUGAUAAGAAAGUUUCUUGCUGCAAAACCAAAGAUUCAGAUAGAUUCUGUGCUGCAAAUGAGAGUGACCCUUCUUUAUGUUAUCCUGAAGUUGAAAAUACUGAGCCUUCAGUUACAAAGAUUUCUUCAAAUAGCUUUAUGAAUGUGAAUGUGCAUUUGGAAUCAAAAACAGUUAAAUGUGAUAAUAGAAAUAUGACAGAUCAGCAAUCAAAAUUUGUAUGUGAUGAAUAUAAGCAGAGCAUUGGUAGCACUAGUUCAGCUUCAGGUAACCAUUUGGAUGAUUUAUAUGAGCCUAUAGGGAGUUCAGGUAUUAUUGUAUCUCAUCAGAGUCUUCCACCAAGAAUAAAAUGUGAUGAGGACACAUCUCCAGUUCUAGAUGCAGUGCUGAAGAGUAAAAAGAGCACAGAAAAUUUAAAGUAUGCAGGGAAAGAAACAGUAGAAGUAGGUAGUGCCUUUCCAGAUUCAGGAAAGGAAUUUGCUUCCUGGGAAAACAGGCAUAAUAAUGGAUUGUCUGGGCAGUGUUUACAAGAGGCUCAAGAAGAAGGGGAUUCCAUAUUACCUGAUAGAAGAGAAAUCUCUUUAGAUGAGGAAGAACAAAGAGGGCAUACACAUACUUCUGAUGAUUCAGAAGUUGUAUUUUCUUCUUGUGAUUUAAGUUUAACCAUGGAAGAAAGUGAUGGUGUAACUUAUACCUUAAAAUGUGACAGUAGUGGUCAUGCUCCAGAAAUUGUGUCUAGUAUCCAUGAAGAUUAUUCUGGAUCUUCUGGAAGUUCAAGUGAUGAAAGUGAUUCAGAAGAUACAGAAUCUGAUGAUAGCAGUAUUCCAAGAAAUCGUCUUCAGUCAGUUGUGGUUGUGCCAAAGAAUUCUACUUUGCCUAUGGAAGAAACAAGCCCCUGUUCUUCUCGGAGUAGUCAGAGUUACAGACAUUUUUCUGACCAUUGGGAAGAUGAGAGAUUAGAGUCAAGGAGACAUUCUUAUGAGGAAAAAUUUGAGAGUAUGACAAGUAAAGGCUGUUCUCAAACUGAAAAGUUCUUUCUUCAUAAAGGAAUAGAGAAAAAUCCAGAAACUUCUUUUACACAAUUCAACAGAAAAGAUAAUCUCCUGUCUGAAAUUGCUCAUCCUCAGAGUGAUGGAGUUGAUAGUACAAGUCAUACAGAUGUGAAAUCAAACCUUCUAGUUCAUCUGAAUUCAGAGGAAACAAUAAGAGCCAAAACAUCAUCUAGGCAGGAACUUCCAGUUUAUUCUGAUGAUUUUGAAGAUGUCCCAAGUAAGUCUCGGCAACAGAUCUUUUUCUCUAACAGGGCAGAUAGCAGUAGACUGGGAAAAACAGAGCUGAAUUUUUCUUCCUCUUGUGACAUUUCCAGAAUGGAUGGCUUACACUCAUCAGAAGAGCUCAGAAACCUAGGGUGGAACUUCUCACAACAAGAAGGGCCUACUACCACAUACCAGCAACCUGACAGUAGCUAUGGGACCUGUGGUGCACACAAGUAUCAGCAAAGUGCUGAACAUUAUGGUGGGACCCAUAAUUAUUGGCAAGGCAAUGGCUAUUGGGAUCCAAGAUCAGCAGGCAGACCUCCUGGCACUGUGGUUGUUUGUGAUCGAAUUCAAGGGCAGGUGCCAGAUUCUCUAACAGAUGACCGUGAAGAAGAGAAUUGGGAUCAACGAAGUGGAUCCCAUUUUCCAAGCCAAUCCAAUAAAUUUUUCUCCCUUCAAAAGGACAAGGGAUCAGUGCAAGCACCUGAAAUAAGCAGCAAUUCCAUUAAGGACUCUUUUGCUAUGAAUGAAAGGAAAGAUUUUUCAAAAAACAUGGAAAAAAAUGACAUCAAAGAUAGAGGACCUCCUAAAAAACGAAGGCAAGAACUAGAGAGUGAUUCCGAAAGUGAUGGUGAGCUCCAGGAUAGGAAGAAAGUUAGAGUGGAGAUUGAACAGGGAGAGAUACCAGUGCCUCUAAGCUCAGAGCUGAUUGGGCCUUCCUGUGUUAUGGAUGACUUCAGAGACCCACAACGGUGGAAGGAAUGUGCCAAGCAGGGGAAGAUGCCUUGUUACUUUGAUCUUAUUGAAGAAAAUGUCUAUUUAACAGAAAGAAAGAAGAAUAAAUCCCAUCGGGAUAUUAAGCGAAUGCAGUGUGAGUGUACACCUCUUUCUAAAGAUGAAAGAGCUCAAGGUGAAAUAGCUUGUGGAGAAGAUUGUCUUAAUCGUCUCCUCAUGAUUGAAUGUUCUUCUCGAUGUCCAAAUGGGGAUUAUUGUUCUAAUAGACGAUUUCAGAGAAAACAGCAUGCAGAUGUGGAAGUUAUACUUACAGAAAAGAAAGGCUGGGGCUUAAGAGCUGCCAAGGAUCUUCCCUCGAACACCUUUGUCCUGGAAUAUUGUGGAGAGGUACUUGAUCAUAAAGAGUUUAAAGCUCGGGUGAAGGAAUAUGCACGAAACAAAAACAUCCACUACUAUUUCAUGGCUCUGAAAAAUGAUGAGAUAAUAGAUGCCACUCAAAAAGGGAAUUGCUCCCGUUUCAUGAAUCACAGCUGUGAACCAAACUGUGAAACCCAAAAGUGGACUGUGAAUGGACAACUGAGGGUUGGGUUUUUUACCACCAAACUAGUUCCUUCAGGCUCUGAGUUAACGUUUGACUAUCAGUUCCAAAGAUAUGGAAAAGAAGCUCAGAAGUGUUUCUGUGGGUCAGCAAAUUGCCGGGGUUACUUGGGAGGAGAAAACAGAGUCAGCAUCAGAGCAGCAGGAGGGAAAAUGAAAAAGGAACGAUCUCGAAAGAAGGAUUCAGUGGAUGGCGAGCUAGAAGCACUGAUGGAAAAUGGUGAGGGACUCUCUGAUAAAAACCAGGUGCUCAGUUUAUCCCGGCUUAUGGUUAGAAUUGAAACUUUGGAGCAGAAGCUUACCUGUCUCAAGCUCAUUCAGAACACACAUUCACAAUCCUGCCUGAAGUCCUUUCUGGAACGUCAUGGGCUAUCUUUGUUGUGGAUCUGGAUGGCAGAGCUUGGUGAUGGCCGGGAAAGUAACCAGAAGCUUCAGGAAGAGAUUAUAAAGACUCUGGAACACUUACCCAUUCCUACAAAAAAUAUGUUGGAGGAAAGCAAAGUACUUCCAAUUAUUCAACGUUGGUCUCAGACUAAGACUGCUGUCCCUCAGUUAAGUGAAGGAGAUGGAUAUUCUAGUGAGAAUACAUCACGUGCUCACACCCCACUUAAUACACCCGAUCCUUCUACCAAAUUGAGCACUGAAGUGGAUACAGAUACACCCAAGAAACUCAUGUUUCGCAGACUUAAAAUUAUAAGUGAAAAUAGUAUGGACAGUGCAAUCUCAGAUGUAACCAGUGAACUGGAAUGUAAGGAUGGCAAAGAGGACCUUGAUCAAUUAGAAAAUGUCACCGUAGAAGAAGAAGAAGAGUUGCAGUCACAACAGCUACUCCCACAACAGUUGUCUGAGUCCAAAGUUGAAAGUGAACCCACCCUCGAGGCCAGUAAGCUACCCACAUCUGAACCAGAAGCUGACACCGAGAUAGAGCACAAAGACAGCUGUGGCACAAAACUAGAAGAGACUAUUGCUGAGGAAACACCAUCCCAAGAUGAAGAGGAAGGUGUGUCUGAUGUGGAAAGUGAGAGAAGCCAAGAACAGCCAGAUAAAACAGUGGAUAUAAGUGAUUUGGCCACAAAGCUACUAGAUAGUUGGAAAGACCUAAAGGAGGUGUAUCGAAUUCCAAAGAAAGUUCAAACUGAAAAGGAGAACACAGUAACUGAACGAGGAAGGGAUGCUAUUGUCUUCAGAGAUCAAACAGCAGCACCAAAGACUCCUAACAGAUCAAGAGAGAGAGACCCAGAUAAGCAAACUCAAAACAAAGAGAAAAGGAAACGAAGGGGUUCCCUCUCACCACCCUCCUCUGCCUAUGAGCGGGGGACCAAAAGGCCAGAUGACAGAUAUGAUACACCAACUUCUAAAAAGAAAGUACGAAUUAAAGACCGAAAUAAACUUUCUACAGAGGAGCGCCGGAAGUUGUUUGAGCAAGAGGUAGCCCAACGGGAGGCUCAGAAGCAGCAGCAACAGAUGCAGAGCCUGGGAAUGACAUCACCACUACCAUAUGACUCUCUUGGUUACAAUGCCUCUCAUCACCCCUUUGCUGGCUAUCCACCAGGCUAUCCCAUGCAGGCCUAUGUGGAUCCCAGCAAUCCUAAUGCUGGAAAGGUGCUUCUGCCCACACCCAGCAUGGACCCUGUGUGCUCUCCUGCUUCAUAUGAUCAUACUCAGCCCUUGGUUGGACAUUCUACAGAACCCCUUGCUGCCCCUUCAUCAGUACCAGUAGUGCCACAUGUGGCAGCCUCUGUGGAAGUUUCCAGUUCACAGUAUGUAGCCCAGAAUGAAAGUGUGGUGCACCAGGACUCUAAUGUUGCUGUAAUGCCAGUACAAGCUUCAGGCCCAGUCCAGGGACAGAAUUACAGCGUCUGGGAUUCAAACCAGCAGUCUAUCAGUGUACAGCAGCAGUACUCUCCUGCACAAUCUCAAGCAACCAUAUAUUAUCAAGGACAGACAUGUCCAACUGUCUAUGGUGUGACAUCACCAUAUUCACAGACAACUCCACCAAUUGUGCAGAGUUAUGCCCAGCCAAGUCUUCAGUAUAUCCAGGGACAGCAGAUUUUCACAGCUCACCCACAAGGAGUGGUAGUACAGCCAACUGCAGCUGUGACUACAAUAGUUGCACCAGGGCAGCCUCAGCCAUUACAGCCACCUGAAAUGGUUGUAACAAAUAAUCUGCUGGAUCUGCCUCCCCCCUCUCCUCCAAAACCAAAAACCAUUGUCUUGCCCCCCAACUGGAAGACAGCACGAGAUCCUGAAGGGAAGAUUUAUUACUACCAUGUAAUCACAAGGCAGACUCAGUGGGAUCCUCCUACUUGGGAAAGCCCAGGAGAUGAUGCUAGCCUUGAACAUGAAGCUGAAAUGGAUCUGGGAACCCCAACGUAUGAUGAAAACCCCAUGAAGACAUCAAAAAAGCCCAAGACAGCAGAAGCUGACACCUCCAGCGAGCUGGCCAAGAAAAGCAAAGAAGUAUUCAGAAAAGAGAUGUCUCAGUUCAUUGUUCAGUGCCUGAAUCCUUACCGAAAACCUGACUGCAAAGUGGGUAGAAUCACCACAACUGAAGAUUUCAAACACCUUGCUCGAAAGCUGACUCAUGGAGUUAUGAAUAAGGAGCUGAAGUACUGUAAGAACCCUGAAGACCUGGAGUGCAAUGAGAAUGUGAAGCAUAAAACCAAGGAGUACAUUAAGAAGUACAUGCAGAAGUUUGGGGCUGUUUACAAACCUAAAGAGGACACUGAAUUAGAGUGACUUACGGGGCCAGGAUGGGUGAUCAGAAACAACAAAAUCUGAGAAGAAAUCCUGUGGCAGGGAUGUGCUGCUGAUGACCCAUCAUCUUGGGCAGUUUAAAACUGCAGUUAUCAACUGUAAGCUACAAAAAUUAUUUUCCAUCUACAAGUGACCCCUAGUUGUGAGCUGUUAGGGUGUAACAGUUACAGGCCAUCAGAGGCAAUAGCCUAGGGAAGACCCUGGCCACACCCAAUCCCACUCUUAAACCUGGGUCUCCCCUUUGGCGGUGCUGUCAGCGCAAAGACCCAUGCGCAUCCCCACCCAAGACCCUUUACCCUGAUGAUCUGUAUUAUAUUUUAAUGUAUAUGUGAAUAUAUUGAAAAUAAUUUGUUUUUUCCUGGUUUUUGUUUUCCUGUUAGCCUCUAUGUGCUAGAAUCACAGAAAGACUUUGUAAGGACAGUAUAAGUUCUCCUGCAAGGUUUAAUUUGUUAUCAUGUAAAUAUUCCAAAGCAGGCUGCCUUGUGGUUUUGGCCAGCCUUGUGCUAUGUUGAUAAGAUUGAUUUACUGCUUAAGAUCACUUUACUUUAUCCAAUUUUUACUGAACUUUUUAUGUAAAAAAUAAAAAUCAAUUAAAGAACUUCGUAUGUGUGUUCCCUA